UUCACCAACUAUCAUGGAACCUCCAUAUCCCCUUGCAGGGUCCCAGAUGAAUACCAGGUUUUCUUCAAGCAGGAUGGUACCUUUUUACUUUCCUCCAUCAAAAUGUGCACUUUGGAACCCAAUGCCAAUUGGAGAUUUCAUCUAUUUACAUCUUAAUUACUACAGAAAUCCAAAGCUUGUGGUAACUGAAAAGACCAUCCGACUUGCUUGUCGACAUGCUAAGCAGAAUAAAAAGAACUUGCCAUGCUUUUUACUCGGUUCUCUCACAAUAGAUGAAGAUGAAGAAGGUGUGAUAUUGACAGUAGAUCGCUUUGAUCCUGGUCGAGAAGUACCUGAAUGCUCUGAAAGAACCCCUACUGCUUCUCUCCCUGGGGACUUCGUGAUUCCAUGCAAAGUUCAGACUCAGGGACUUUGUUCAAGAGAAAUAAUGAUUCACAAUGCAGAUAACCUCAGUUCAGCUUUUAAGGCUCUGCAGCACCAUGUAUGUAGCAAAGACUCCUUGGAUUGUGGUAAACUGCUUUCCCUAAGAGCUCAUAUCACUUCCAGUGAGAGUUUGGACACUGUGGAUUUUGAUUUACAUUGGGCAGCAGUAACUCUAGCAAAUACCUUUAAAUGUACACCAGUGAAGCCCAUCCCUAUUAUUCCAACAGCUCUGGCACGAAACUUAAGCAGUAAUCUGAAUAUUUCCCAAGUUCAAGGUACCUAUAAAUAUGGAUAUCUUACCAUGGAUGAAACUCGCAAGUUGUUACUUUUGCUGGAAUCUGAUCCCAAGGUUUAUUCUUUACCAUUAGUGGGAAUAUGGCUCUCUGGCAUUAUACAUAUCUAUAGUCCUCAGGUAUGGGCUUGCUGCCUGCGAUACAUGUUCAGUUCUUCUAUUCAAGAAAGGGUUUUCUCAGAGUCUGGAAAUUUCAUUAUAGUUCUAUAUUCUGUGACGCAUAAGGAGCCUGAGUUUUAUGAGUGCCUCCCUUGUGAUGGUACCUCACCGGACCUUCGAUUCCAGCUACUAACCAGUAAGGAAACAUUACAUCUUUUCAAAAAUGUUGAACCUUCUGACAAGAAUCCAAUACAUUUUGAACUGAGUGCCGAAAGCCAAAAUGCAGAAACAGAGUUUUUCAACAAAGUUUCUAAGAAUCUUUCAAUUAAGAGGUUUUCCCAAAAGUUAACUCCAGGAAAAAUGCCAAUAAAUGAUCACGACUCUGGUGUUGAAGAUGAAGACUUUUCUCCAAGACCAAUUCCUAGUCCUCACCCAGUGAGUCAGAAGGUUUCUAAGAUCCAACCAUCAGUUCCAGAACUUUCACUUGUGUUGGAUAGCAAUUGUAUAGACUCAAACCCUCUGCCUAAUGCUUUGGAAAUGGUCAAUAAUCAAAAUCCCCCUUUCCUGAUUAACCACUCUGAACACUUGGAGCCACUGCAGCCCCAGCUUUAUGAUGAGAAACACAACCCCGAAUCUGAAGCUGGAGAGCCUUCCUUGAAAGGGCUACCAAAUCAUUUAAACCAGGGCACUGCUCCUUUGAGACACUGCAGAGCAAGACAGCCAUCUACCUGUAAGAAAGAGAACCUCCAUAUAAAGAAUAGAGUUAAACCAUCUUCUAUUAAUGGGCCAUUUCCUGAUGCACCUGAAAAGCUUCAAACAGUUUUUUCUGGAAAUGUACACAAAGAAGAGUAUCCUAUAAGAUCUUCCACAUUUAAUUCUAGGCAGUCUUCUCUUGUUCCACAGUCCCACCCACAUAAUUUUAUUUUUUCACCUCAUAAUUCAGGAAAACCCAUGGAAUUUCAGGUACCUACUCCCCCACCACCAUCUUACUAUUCCACAAACGUUUGUAGUUGUUGUCAGCAUCAUGGCCAUAUUCAAUAUAGUCCAAUAAAUUCUUGGCAAGGAAUGAAUACAGUAGGAUCCGUUCAAGACCUCCAGUCUGAAGCUGUUCAGAAACAUUCCUUAUUUCACCCAAGUGGAUGUCCAGCUAUGUAUCAUAAUGCAUUCUAUUCUUCAAGCAGUCCUAUAGCUUUGAGACCUCAGGGAAGCAUGGGCAGUUGUUCUUCCCGCGGCAGUGUAGAACCGUCUCCUAUGGCAAGACUACCUUCCAACGUGGACUCAUGUAACCAGCAGCCUUGUGCAGUAUGCGUGCAUACACCCAACACUGGGUCAGAUGACGGAAUGAUGGGACUGUCCCCAGAUGCAUAUAGAUUCCUCACAGAACAAGACAGACAGCUGAGACUACUUCAAACACAGAUUCAACGUUUAUUGGAAGCACAGUCUCUUCAGCCCUGUUCUCCUAAGACAGCCACUGUUGAAGACACAGGGCAGGCUGCAAGACAAACGGAGGUGGUUUCCAUGGAAGCUCAGUUGUCCCCUGGUUUACACAUGAGAAAAAGUGUAAGCAUUGCCGUAAGCACAGGUGCUAGCUUGUUUUGGAAUGCAGCAGGUGAUCAUCAGGAGCCUGACUCUCAGCUAAAGCAAGAUGAUACCAAGAUUUCCAGUGAGGACAUGAAUUUUUCUGUUGAUAUUCAUAAUGAAGUCACAAGUCCUCCAGGUAGUGCAUCUUCAUUAAAGGUGGUUGAUAUCCCCAGUUUUGAAGAGAGCAACAUUGCUGUGGAAGAAGAACUUAAUCAGCCACUUUCUGUGUCCAACAGCUCUUCUCCAGUUGUGAAAAAAGAACCAGAUGUGCCCGUGUUCUUUCCGAAUUCUCUGCUGGCUGAAAGCGUAAACAUGUGCUUACAGAGUAGACCAACAGAGGGUGCUACUAACAACUCUGUACCUUCUGGGGAACCAAAAAUUGAGCAAGUAAUGCAACCUUUGCCUCAUCAGACAUCAGAUAACCAGAAAAUAUAUCAGGAUUUAUUGGGUCAAGUGAACCACCUAUUAAAUAACUCCUCCAAAGAGACUGAGCAGCCGUCUACCAAUGCAGUAAUUAUUAGCCAUGAGUGCACCAGAACCCAAAAUGUUUACCAUGCAAAGAAAAAAAAACAUGAUUCAGGACUCGUGGACAAAGAUUGUGUUCUUAAUGCAACCCUUAAGCAACUAAGAAGCCUUGGAGUAAAAAUUGAUUCUCCCACUAAAGUGAAGAAAAAUGCACACAAAGUGGAUCAUGCCAGUGUGUUGGCAUGCAUCAGCCCUGAAGCAGUGAUCUCUGGAUUAAACUACAUGUCGUUUGCUAAUGUUGGCAUGAGCGGUUUAAGCCCUAACUGUGUGGAUUUGAGCAUGGAGGCAAAUGCUAUAGCUCUGAAAUAUUUAAAUGAAAAUCAGCUGUCACAACUCUCUCUCACUCGAUCAAACCAAAAUAACUGUGACUCAUCUUUUAGCCUUCUACAUAUUAAUACAGACAGGAGCACAGUGGGACUUAGUUUAAUUUCACCAAACAACAUGUCUCUUGCAACCAAAAAAUAUAUGAAGAGAUAUGGACUCAUACAAAGCAGUGACAAUAGUGAAGAUGAAGAGGAGCCUCUGAAGAACACAGAUAGCAGGAGUGAACAUUUACUGAAUCAAAACCUUACAUCCAUACCUGAACAACUUGAUUGUCAGAAGGAGCCUUCUAGGAAUGCCUGUGAAAUAAUUAGUUAUAAUAACUGUGAAUCCUUGGGCACCCACACAGAUAUGCCAGUAUUGAGAAACAUUACAAAUGAAGUUGUUCAGCCAAAAGCAGCACAGCGCUUGAAUGAAAACCCAGCUUUCGUAUUAAAGAACCUUAAAUCAAGUCCUGCAGUCAACCUCCGAACUGGAAAAGCAGAGUUUACACAACAUCCUGAAAAAGAAAAUGAAAGGAACACUCCAAUUUUUCCUGAAAGUUUGAAACUUUCUGAAACUUUCAAGCAAAUGAAUAGUAUGAAUUCCGUAGGCACCUUCUUAGAUGUAAAGCGUCUCAGACAGUUGCCAAAAUUGUUUUAAACCUUUAACUCCCUUCCCUCCUGAUAUGAGGUGAGGGUGUCUUCUGAAG